CGUUAUUAACCUUUCCAACAGUCUGAUUGGUGGCGGGGAUAGUUCCCUAAGCUCAUAACCCCCUAGCUUCCUCUGUAGCUAAUAGCUAGAGGUACCUAUCUAGGGUAGCUAUGUAGGUGGAUGCUCUAAUGAAGCCAGGGGCAUUUGAGCUCCAAUUCGAAACUCAUGAAGCUCCAAAGUUAUUGUGACAGAUUGACCUAAUUAUAACAACUCUAUUAUCUCAUUAUCUCAUUCUUCAAUUAUCGUCCCUCACCUCGUAUCUAUUACAUAUUCUCACUAGCACUUAGUUAGUAUAUUGUCAGUGUGUUGUCAGUUGUGCUGGUUCACAAGAAAUCUGACUUCUACAUUUCUUUUUUGGCCACUUACUACACCUAGGUAGUUGCCCAAGUCUAUCCGCAAGUCGCCUUAUAUCAAAAGCCAAUAGUGUUCAACAUAGGUAUCUAUUCACAAUGGCAAAACCUUUGAUUCCCCGAAUGCAUUUAUGGGAAAUCGAUGAUCAGCCUUGGUUCCCCCCCUUCCUGCGGGCGUACGUCCAAACCGGCCUAACGCACGCCUGGACGACGCACAUCCCACUCCUCCAGUCUAGCAGCCCCGCCACCCUCGUGGCCAAUACCCUGCGCCGUGUGCUAGGAAACUCUGUGUCACGACACACCUACAUAGACUUUUGCGCGGGCGCUGGCGGGCCGACCCCCUUCAUUGAGCGCGCCCUCAACAGCCAACUCGUGCGCGCGACCACAUCCCGCGCCGUCCCAGCCACCGCCUCAUCCGCUGUCGUCGGCGGCGAGAGCAAAGCCAGCUCCACCGGGACCCCGAGCUACGCCGCCGUCGCGAACCCCUCCACGAAGAACACCGUCGUCCACGAUGACGGCGGUGCCGUGGACUUCGUCCUCACUGACCUCCACCCCCACGUCGAGUCCUGGGAGGCCGCAGCUAAGAAGAGCGACCACCUGACGUACGUCAGCAGCCCGGUCGACGCCACCCAUGCGCCCACCCACCUGCUACGGAAGUACGCCAAGACAAACGGCAACGACAAGAAGGGCAUUUUUCGGCUCUUCAACCUGGCGUUCCACCACUUCGACGACGACCUAGCACGCGCCAUACUGAAGGACACGAUUGAGACGAGCGACGGGUUCGGCAUAUUCGAGCUCCAAGACCGAUCCCCAAGCGGUAUUAUAACCUGCUUCCUCUUCGGCUUUUUCAUCCUCCUGAUCGCGCCACUCUUGUACUGGUGGUCUCCCGUGCGCCUCUUCUACAUCUACAUCGUACCCAUCGUGCCCUUCGUCCUCGUCUUCGACGGCAUCAUCUCGUGUCUGCGCACCCGCACCCCCGAAGAGGUCGAGUUGUUGCUGCGCACCUGCGGCGCCGACAGCGAUGGCUGGGUUGUUCAGAGCGGAAGAGAGCAAUUUCUGUGGCCGUUGGGGAAUUUGAGCUGGAUUAUUUGCACGAAGAGGGCUGCGUAGGUAGUGGUGUCGCUGUGUCGAGAAUCUAGGCUGAAAUGAAGAGGGCCAUGUAACAUCACACAAUAUACAGCCAUGUAUUAUUGCCAGCUUAGAGUA